UUCGUCAGCUUCAUUCGACCCCAAAGUUCUGCCGAGGCCCCUCACCUGCUUAAAGCGUUAGCUCUAACUCUUCUUUCAGUUUGGCCAGAUAUUCGGGUCCCUAGCUCUUUGGUGCUUACGCUAAACCGAAAAGGAACACGUGUAGAACUACCUGCCCUAUAAGUCACAAAAACAGCAUUCAGCUGAAUUUCCGUUGACGUGUAAAUAAAAAAAAAGGUGACGUUUCAGCACUGAAGACUGCUGGCCGUAGAUCCGGUAGAUGUGUAUUCACCGAGCAAGUGUCUUUAACUGGAGACACACGCGAUAAAACUUUGAAUUACAGCUCCUAUUUUAGUGGAAGGCGUAAAAACGUGUAAGCCAAGUGGCGCUUGGCUUUAUCUCACAGCAAUUGAAAACUUAUACCGAUUGGACUUCUUUUAGAGAACUACGUGCCCAUAAAAUUACCAACUCAGAAAAUUUGUACGGUUGCAUCCUGUAACUUUUGUUCUGGCAUCUAGUACCUCUACGCUAAUCUUCGAAACACUAUCUGUAUGUGAUAUACAAAAGUGUGCACAAUUUAGUUUUUGUUCUUGGAUUUUUUUAUCUUUGUUAGGAUACAUUAAAAACUGUACGUUGUUCAUCAGUAGCCUUUGGAUAACAAGCAUCGACAUGGCGCCUAUUCAGAGUAAAACAUAUUGGAACCCACUCGGACCUUACAGUGUACCGUAUAACUGUUACGAGGUUGCUCAUCCGUGGAAUGUAAACUGCGCUGAGAGCAGUCUGAAGCUUUUUCUUCACUGCUAUGAGGAAUCGCUGAAAAUAUAUACCCCGCUGUACGUCGCGUCAUUGAUCUAUGGAAGACAAUUUGAUAAGCAGAACUUAGUACGGACCCUUCAAAGUAUCCUCACGUCAUCUACAUUUCUCUCAAUUAACGCUGGAUCUUUUCUGGCAUGUUUCUGCACAAUACGACAGUUGACUGGCAACUUUAGUUUAAUGUCAACGGCAUGCACUCCAGGUUUCGUCGCGUCCCUACUUGCAAUUCUAGUGGAACGUCCAGCGCGGCGCAAACAAUUGGCUGUGUACACCUGUAAUAUGGCAUCGGAAGUUAUCUACAAUAUGAUUAAAUUCCGUGGCUGGAUAACUCCAAUUCCACAUUUCGAGAAAUUUAUGUUCGCAGUAAGUGCAGGCGUUUACCUAUGGCUCUGCCAAAAAGGCCACACACAUCCGAAUGACCCUGUUAAGCGAAUGUUUCAAUUUGUCGUUGGCGAUGACGAGUUUACGAAAGGACAAGGUGUACCUGCACAUGAGGUGUCAAUUUCUGGAAACCAACUUCAGCAGGGAAGCGGUGAUCAUCAAAAAUCUUUACACAAUGACGUCAGGUCAUCUUGUUACGGUUAUGUCGUACAGGGUUUUGCACGGUCGUUCUUCGCCGGGUGGUUAUUACGUGCAGUCCUUUGUCUCAUUGCUACUCAGUCACUAUCUAAAACGAUCCGCUAUAAAGAAGCAUACAAAUUUGGCAUGUUUCUUGGUUCAUUCGGUGCAAUUUUUCGAGGCGUGAAUUGUUUCCUUCGUUAUCGAGGAUAUAGUCCCCAAAACCGCGCGGGUAUUGCGGGAUGCUUAGCCGCGCUUUCGAUGUUCUUCAGUGGAUCCCCAUCUAUGGCUCUUUACCUGGCUUGGAAAGCCCUUGAAGGUGCAUACGGUGCUUACGGCCGUCCAAUCCCCGGUGCAUCUGAACUACUUUACUCACUUUCGACAGCGAUGCUCUUCUAUGCGGCCGUAUUUGAACCUCAUAAUUUACGGCCGACGUACUGGAAAUUCAUGAACCGAAUCUCUUACGACAGAUUCACGUACGUGAAUCGUAAAAUAUUUGACAUGUACGGAGUGCAAAGCUCAAAAUUAUUUGGAGAUUUCUGGCCGCGUCUUGAUAUGGAUCACGUCUCGAAGGAGCUAACGGAACGCAUCCUCAUUUGGGUGCCUUUCUGAGUAGAAAACUGUGUGUAGACAAAGACAGAUUUUAUAGACAAAAUUUCUAGGUAACUUGAGAAUGUGCAAUAUAAAAGAAAACUACUGCAAUACAACAAUAGUGAAUGAUAACUUGAGCGAUGGAUGCGUUUUGCGGGCACGUGCAGAUCGAAGCUGACUUAAUGGAUUUUCGAUUUGUCACAGAUCAAGGUUUGUUUAUGAAAAAUGUUAUGUGCAUACGGCGAUAAUAAAAUAAGACCAUGAAUGUAAAGAACAUGAAUGCAAAAUUUUAAACUACAAAAAAUUGACAUUUCAGGCAUAUUUUACAUAAACUUCUCAAGAAAUCCAUUCAUCGUGAAUAUUUAUAAGAAUUUCAACCCUUAGAAUUCUGUUAUGCCCGAUGUACCUGUUAUUUUUCGAGAUCUGAUGUAUAGACGUAAUCAUAAAUUUACAAUGAAAAUCCAAAUUUUAGUUCUAAUGAGCAACACAAAAUGAAAAACUUACCGUAGACUUUUAUUAACCAUCAACACUAUAAUAAUUUUAGAUCGUGAUUCAGGACUACUAAAAAACGUAGAACGAUAUAAAAAUACCGCACCACUUAAAACCUAUACGCGCGUAAAGCUAGAGGUUCCGUCAGCAUAAAUCAAAUAACGAUUUGCAAUGAAUUGCUUGAUUUGUGACAUAAGAAUAAGAGCGGUAUUUUAUUUUAAAUAUAAUAUAUAUAUUAUUUGGGUAAGCGCAUGACAAUGCACUUAACUGAAUAGUAUAAAAUCUUUGUAAGUUUUAGCAGGUGUGAAAGCGCUUUUUGACUUCUAUCUUUGCUAGGAAAAUUGUUACAAAAUAAAAACCUGCAUCCAAAAUAUUAUAAGUAUGAGU